AGCAAUGGUCAAGAAGCAUGGAUCAUCUCACUUUCAGUUGAUCAACACAGUGCGCUAAAAGACGUUGCUUCUUGCGCAUCAAUAUAUCUUCAAGAUGUUUGCGAGAACGUCGCGGAUCGCUGUGACAAUAAUUGCGUUAUUUUCUGUCUAUACUAGUGCUCAAGACGUAUCGGAAACUUGUAUAGGUUGUUUAUGUGAAGUUAUGUCAGCAUGUAACACCAAUAUCGGAUGUACCGGAUCCGUAUGUGGACCCUUCGGCAUAACACAGGACUACUGGACUGACGGUGGCAAACCAACUCUAAACAACGAGACACUUAGCGAUGAUGCUUUUUCCAGAUGCGUUAACGAUCCUUACUGUGCUGCUGCUACGGUGCGAAACUAUAUGACCAAAUACGGUCAUGAUUGCAACGGAGAUGAUGUGAUUAACUGUGAAGAUUAUUUGCGUAUUCAUAAACUUGGCUUUAAUGGUUGCACCGGCACGAUGGUCUCUAAAUAUGAGAUAUUACUCGACCUGUGUUUACAAAAGUUCCAAUCUCAGGACCAAAAUAAAUACCAUAUUCUCAGCCAUAGCCGUUUUAAACAAAUCAAGAUUCAUCUUUCUUUCCCCACUCUUCCAGUGCCAUCGUAUCCACACCGUUCCUACUCGCAUUGGUCGCGCUAUCGUCAUAAUAAAAAAGCAAUUAAGAAGCACAGAUCGUCUCACCAUCAGUUGAUCAACAUGAAGGAGUCGCUGGUUGACCGUGUACCAUCAACGCUAAUGGAUGUUGCUUCUAGAGCAUAUUCUAAGAUGUUCAGGAGAACGUUGUGGAUUACUGUAACAAUAAUUGUGCUAUUUUGUGUUUAUACCCAGAUAACAAAAUGUGCGCAUACUCAGUUCGUAUCGCAAGAAUGCUUAGGCUGUAUAUGCUUAGUUACUUCUGGAUGUAAUAACACUUUACGUUGUGAGGGACCAGUAUGUGGGGCUUUCCGUAUAACAAAAAGUUAUUGGGUAGAUGCUGGCAAACCACUUGACGAUCGUGAUCAUGAUGACGAGGAUAUUGCGUUUCGCAGUUGCGCCAAUAAAUUGAACUGUGCUACCGUGGCGGUAAAAAACUAUAUGAGUAAAUUCCGUCGGGAUUGCAAUGGAGAUGGCGUAAUUAAUUGCGAUGAUUAUGUGCGUCUUCAUCGAUAUGGUGUAGACGGUUGCACUAAUUCACUGCACUAUGUUUACGAGUCUAUUUACACAUCAUGUAUAAACUAUACAAGAAGACAAGAAUUAUAACACAUAUAUUAUACUUCGAGAAUAGUUAAUUAAUAAUUAUUAUUAAAAAUUAUGGAUCAUCAUUUUUAAUUUUAUCUCUCAACUGUUUUUUACUAAAAAAAAA